CUACAACAUGGCGGUUGCAUCCAUUCCUGAGACCUGGGAACUGUAAGAAGCGAAGCCCCAGGAGCUGGAGCAGCUUGGACUGUGCCAGGUCCUGGUUUCGGGGUGCCAGCCCCUCAGCCUCCCCUGCUUGGCCCAGUGGAAGAGGGCCGUAUCCCCACCGUGGGUGCACAGCCAUGGGGGUGCAAGGCUUCCAAGAGUUCGUGGAAAAGCGUUGCCCGGGGGCAGUGGUGCCCGUGGACCUCCUGAAACUGGCACGGGCUGUAGGGGGCCGUGGAGGCGGGCCCCCCGCCUACUGUACCACCUUCCACCCAUCAGCUGGCUACCCUCACCCUGCCGGGGCUGCGCCGGGGCUGGCACCCAUGGUUGGUGGUUACCCACACUCCCAACAUGCAGGAGGGUUGGCACCCCCAGCGCCAUGCCCAGCUCGGCUUCUGGUGGAUGCUGAUUCCGCUUUGCAGCGUCUGUACGGUGGCUACCAGACAGACUGGGUGUGUGGGGGCCAGUGGAACGCCAUGGUGGGUUACCUGGCUGCCCUUUCACAGGCUUGCCUCUACCAAGGUGGCCUGGAGUUAGCUGUCAUCUUCAAUGGAGGGCUUGGAAAGGAGAGGCUGCCCGAGUGGGCUAGGAAGGCUCAGGCUGAGAGACAGACAGCUCAGCUAAUCGCAGGGCAUGUGGGCAACAAAGGUACCCCGCCACCCCGAGCCUGGUUUCUUCCACCUGCCUGCUUGGGGCAUUGUGUACGUCUGGCCAUGAUUCGAUUCCGGGUUAAGGUGUUCCAGAGCCUGGAGGAUCAUCAUCAGGAAGUAGUCUCUUUCUUUCGCGAGAACGGCUUUCAUGGACUCAUUGCCCAUGACUCGGAAUACGCUCUCUGCAACAUCCCCUCCUACUAUAGUUCCCAUGCCCUGAAGCUGAGCUGGAAUGGCAAAAACCUCACCACUAACCAGUUCCUCAUGCAAGAGGUGGCCAAGCAGCUGGGUCUCAAGCUGAGCAGUUUUCCUAUAUUUGCUGCCUUGCUGGGGAACCACAUUCUUCCAGAUGAGGACUUGGCUGCCUUCCAUUGGAGUCUUCUUGGACCGGACCACCCGCUCGCUUCACUUAAGGUACGUGCCCACCAGUUGGUCCUCCCGCCCUGUGACGUGGUCAUCAAGGCUGUAUCUGAAUAUGUCGGUGCCAUCAAAAGCCCCUCUGGCUUGGAUGUAAUAGGGAGAGAUGUCUUCAAACACUCCCAGUCCAGGACUGAAGAUAAAAUUGAACGCUUCAAGAAAGCAGUAGAAUAUUAUUCAGUGGCCAUGAAAGCACCUCCUACACCAGCCGGCCAGUCCCCGUAUGUUCCCACGUUUCUGAAACUGUGUCUCGCAAGUCUGGCUGGGAGGAUCCUCCAGGUGAAAAGAUAAUGAAUCAAGGCUGGGGACAAUCACCUGGGAACACUGGCAACUCAGAAAGGACCUUGAGUGGACCCGAAUCCCACAUCCCUUCAUUGCUCUCUAUGGCAACCCGCAACCACAUGGACAUAACCACCCCGCCGUUGCCUCCUAUUGCUCCAGAAGUACUUCGAGUGGCUGAACAUAGGCAUCGACGGGGGCUUAUGUACCCUUUUAUCUACCACGUCCUUACCAAGGGUGAGAUCAAAAUCCCUGUGUGCAUCGAGGAUGAAUGUAACACUGAACUGCCGCCAGCAGUUGUCCUUUUUCGGGCCUCACGGCAGUAUGUAUACGGUGUCCUCUUCAGUGUGGCUGAGACACAACGGCGGAUGGAACGCCUGGCUGUGCGCAAGCGCAUUCCCGUGGAAACUCAUCCUGUUAUCGUUAAGGAAUGGUCAGCGUACAAAGGGAAAUCACCCCAAACUCCAGAGUUGGUCUCAGCUCUUGCUUUUCGGGAGUGGACCUGUCCCAAUCUCAAGAAGCUGUGGUUGGGCAAAGCAGUGGAAGACAAGAACCGGCGUAUGAGAGCAUUUCUGGCUUGUAUGAAAUCAGACACCCCUGGCAUGCUCAACCCUGCCAAUGUACCGACACACCUACUGCUCAUGUGUUGUGUAUUACGAUACAUGAUACAGUGGCCUGGAGGCCGGAUCCUCCACAGACACGAAUUGGAUGCUUUCUUGGCCCAGGCAGUGUCUCCUCAGCUAUAUGAACCAGAUCAGCUUCAAGAAUUGAAGAUUGAGAAACUGGAUCCCCGAGGAGUUCAGUUGGCUGCUCUGUUUAUGAGUGGAGUGGACACGGCCCUUUUGGCCAAUGAUGCUUGUGGGCAGCCUGUGCCCUGGGAGCAUUGCUGCCCAUGGAUCUACUUUGAUGGGAAACUCUUUCAAAGCAAACUGAUUAAAGCUGCACGAGAGAAGGCACCUCUGAUAGACCUCUGCGAUGGCCAGACCGAGCAGGUGUCUAAAGUAGAGAAGAUGAGGCAGAGUAUUCUGGAAGGCAUCAACCUCAACCGCCAGGCUCCUCCACCUCUUCUCCCACCUCCACCCUUCGUGCCCUCUAUGGCAGCACCUUUUUAUCCAGUGCCUCUUUACCCUCGCACUAUUGGAUCAAUGCAGCAACCAGCCCCUGGGAGGACUAGAGGCUUCACAG